UUUGAAGGUUAGCAGCCUGGGAAGGGUUCACGGAAAGUUCACUCGCAUAUAUUAGGCAAUUCAAUCUUUCAUUCCCUGUGACACAAGUAGUAGGAAGUGAGCUGUUCAGAGGCAGAAGCAUCUAUUCACGGCCGAGGGGGAUCCCGCGCCUCCACCGGAGCUGUUUUAUCCCGGGGAGGUGGGCGAUUGGCACGGCGUGGGACGCGGCACACACCCGGCGAGCGCCUCGGGAGCUGGACUGACUCUCAAGAAAUUUUGGGGGGAAAUUGAUGGUAGCUAAAACUUGGAAUGCGGCUCGCAUCCCCCCAUCUUGCUGGAUUGGCUGGGCAGCCUGGAAAAUGGUAAAUGAUCAUUUGGAUCAAUUACAGGCUUUUAGCUGUGUUGUCUGUCAUAAUUCAUGAUUCUGGUCUGGGAAAAAGACCAACAGCCUACGUGCCAAAAAAGGGGCAGAGUUUGAUGGAGUUGGGUGUACUUUUAUGUGCCAUUUUCCUCCACACCUAGAGGAAAGCACUUUUGCAGGCAUUCUGUGCAGGGGGAAUCAUGUUUGACUGUAUGGACGUUCUAGCAGUGAGCCCUGCUCAGAUGCUGGAUUUCUACACUGCGAGUCCGUCUUCCUGCAUGCUCCAGGAGAAGGCUCUCAAAGCAUGCUUCAGUGGAUUGGCACAAACAGAGUGGCAACACCGGCACAGUGCUCAAUCAGUUGAAACUCAGAGCACCAGUUCUGAGGAACUUGUUCCAAGCCCUCCUUCACCACUUCCACCCCCUCGUGUUUACAAGCCCUGUUUUGUUUGUCAAGACAAGUCAUCUGGAUAUCACUAUGGUGUCAGUGCUUGUGAGGGAUGUAAGGGCUUUUUCCGCAGGAGUAUCCAAAAGAACAUGGUUUACACAUGUCACAGAGAUAAAAACUGUGUUAUCAAUAAAGUUACCAGAAAUCGCUGCCAGUACUGCAGACUACAGAAGUGCUUUGAAGUGGGAAUGUCCAAAGAAUCUGUCAGAAAUGACAGGAACAAAAAGAAGAAGGAACCUUCAAAGCAGGAGUCCACAGAAAACUAUGAAAUGACAGCAGAGUUAGAUGAUCUCACUGAGAAGAUCCGAAAAGCUCACCAGGAAACCUUCCCCUCGCUCUGCCAGCUGGGAAAAUACACUACGAACUCCAGCGCAGAUCAUCGGGUUCGACUGGACCUUGGGCUUUGGGACAAAUUCAGUGAACUUGCAACAAAGUGCAUUAUUAAAAUAGUGGAAUUUGCAAAGCGAUUGCCAGGCUUUACAAGUUUGACCAUUGCAGACCAAAUAACUCUACUGAAAGCAGCCUGCCUGGAUAUACUGAUCCUUAGAAUUUGCACAAGAUACACACCAGAACAAGACACCAUGACCUUUUCAGAUGGCCUUACCCUAAACAGAACUCAGAUGCACAAUGCCGGAUUUGGCCCGCUGACUGAUCUCGUGUUCACAUUUGCCAACCAGCUCCUGCCUUUGGAAAUGGAUGAUACAGAAACAGGUCUCCUUAGUGCCAUCUGCCUCAUCUGUGGAGAUCGCCAGGACCUUGAAGAACCAAUGAAAGUGGAUAAACUUCAGGAGCCCUUGCUUGAAGCACUGAAAAUUUACAUCCGAAAGAGACGACCCAACAAGCCUCAUAUGUUCCCAAAGAUCUUAAUGAAAAUCACGGAUCUUCGUAGCAUCAGUGCAAAAGGUGCAGAACGUGUCAUUACAUUGAAAAUGGAAAUUCCUGGAUCCAUGCCACCUCUUAUUCAGGAAAUGUUGGAGAACUCUGAAGGACAUGAACCACUGACACCAACCUCAAAUGGAAAUACUGCAGAACACAGUCCCAGUAUCUCACCUAGUUCAGUGGAUAACAGCAGUGUCAGUCAAUCCCCUAUGGUGGAAUAAGACAUUUUCCAGCUACUUCAGACAUUCCUAAUACCUUAUGUACAGGGAUGAAAAGCAAGAAAACAUUUUUACUGCUGCUUAGUUUCUGGACUUAAUAUAUAUCUAUAUAUGUAUAUAUAUAUAGAUAAACUCAACAAGGACCAAGAAAUUUUCAUAUGUAUCGAUAUAUACUCCUUGCUGUUUAAACUCUUAAAACUAGAAAAAUGCAAACUUUUGAAACUCUAAAUCAGCCAUUUCAUGCAAAAAAAAAAAAAUAGUUAAGCUUCUGUUUUCUUCUCUGAACACUCAAUAUUGCAUGGUGACAAGACAGAUCUCAGUCUUCAAAUUCUGGUUGCAUUUCUGAUGACUUUGUACAUACAAAUGUAUGGCUGUACUCUCCAUACUGGAUGUUUGGUGCUUUCCUUUUGUCUCUCAUACCUAAAACGAUCAAGACACCAACCACAGGACAUGGACUACUGUACACAUCCAGAGAAGGAAGUUGAAAGGACCGUCUGAUUUAGUUGAAAUAUGAAAACUUGUCCUUGCUGCCCUCAGUUUGCAUCUCCUUCCUUGUAAAAAGUAUACAAAACGUCACUGCCCCAGCAGAAGAGGUAUCAGUAUCAGCAUUAACUGCCAGAUCAGUUAUUCAGAUGUCAUUUGUUCCACUGUUAAUGUCACUUUAAAGUUUAAAGAAGUGGUUUCUUAGCUGGCUGGUGACCUAGCUCCACAAUUACCUGCUCCAUUUCGACAGCAAUGCUAUAGCCUCCAAGGCAGAAACACUUUUCAGUGUUACCAUGUUUUUGUUUACUUGUUCACAAGCCAUUAGGGAAACUUCAUGGGAUGAUAACCAGCAGACUCGCUUACAGCUUUUGAAUUGCUGAGUUCAGGGUAUUUCCUUACAAAUCAACUGCCAGGAAUCAGCUGGGCUUUCCAGCCUUCCAGGUGCUAAGGAAGUACAGCUAGGACUCCCAGAAACACAAGGAGAGAAUCUGCCUUCUUGGCCUUGUUAAAUCACCAUGAAGCAGAGUGAAAACUGUGGUAGGAUGGUUAACAGAUUUAAAGUGUCAGUUUCUUAGGUUUCAUUUAAAGCACUAGUGGAAUUUUUUUUUUUAUAUAUUCUAGCAAGUCUGUGAUGUACUUUCACUGGCUCUGUUUGUACAUUGAGAUUGUUUAACAAUGCUUUCUAUGUUCAUAUACUGUUUACCUUUUUCCAUGGAGUCUCCUGGCAAAGAAUAAAAUAUAUUUAUUUUAAAAAUUGUGUAGAA